AUGUACUACCAAAACAGACCCACAGCAGUCACGAGAUACCCGUGCGUUUGCCCAUUCUGGCCUCGAAACGCCAGAGACUCCAAUAAUACUGUGCAUUACGAUCCGGCCCGGAAGCAGGAAAUCAACCUGGAGAACCAACCAAUCGACAACAUGGACGUUACCCACUGUACACUGGCCCCUUUUACCCCCGAUGACGAACGCGACACCGAGUAG